AUGUUGGCUGAGAAGAACUUAGAACCAAAGGAUGUGGAGCUUUUUGAGAAAGAGAUGAAGAAAAGGAGAGCAAAGAAAACAUCCUGGCUGGUGCCUCCACAGAGAGUUGAGCCCAAGGAUGCAGCUGAAGCAACGGCGGCCGGGGCGGGCGGGUGCCCCGGGCAGAAUGCCGAGAGCGCCGUGCCGUCCGCACGGGCGGAGAAGCCUCCCCUGGAGCAGCUGUACCGGGAGGGCCCGCUGCUGGGGAGCGGCGGCUUCGGCAGCGUUUACGCCGGGACCCGGCUCGCCGACGGCGUCCCGGUGGCCAUCAAGCGAGUGUCCCGGGACCGCGUCUUGGAGUGGGCGCGGCUGCACGACGGCGCCCUUGUGCCCCUGGAGCUGGUGCUGCUCUGGAUGGCGUCGUGGCCCGGCUUCCGCGGCAUCGUGCGGCUCCUGGACUGGUUCGAGCUGCCCGACGGCUUCGCGCUGGUCAUGGAGCGUCCGGAGCGCUGUCAGGACCUCUGGCACCUGCUGCACGCGGGGGGGUUCCUGCCAGAGCCCGUGGCGCGGGCGCUGUUCCGGCAGGUGCUGGGGGCCGUGCGGCACUGCACCAGCCGCGGCGUCCUGCACCGCGACAUCAAGGCCGAGAACGUGCUCGUUGACCUGGCCACCGGCGAGGCGAAGCUCAUCGACUUCGGCUGCGGCACGAUCCUGCAGGACACGUUCUACACCCAGAUGGCCGGAACGCGGGAGUACUACCCACCGGAGUGGAUCCUCUUUGGCCGCUACCAUGGCCAGCCAGCCACCAUCUGGUCCCUGGGCAUCCUGCUCUAUCAGCUGGUGUGCAGGCACCUUCCUUUCAAAAGCAGAGAGGACAUCGUCCGGGGACAGCUCUUCUUCCCGCCCCGGGUGUCUCAAGAGUGCCAGCACCUGAUCAGGUGGUGCUUAUCCAUGGACCCUGCAGACAGGCCAUCCUUGGAUGACCUUUUAGAACAUUCUUGGGUGCAGAAGCCCCACCUGGCCCAGGAGACAGCAGAG